AUGGGAAAAAAUAAAUAGGAUAAACCUAGCAAGGAAGGUGAAACGAACAAAUCUCUUUUUCACAGUUUGUUGAAGAAUGAAAGGUUAGUUAUAGAAAAAAAGGAAUUAAAUAGCUUAUCAUUGAUGCAACUCACUUAGCUCAUAGAAGAGAUUUCAUAGGAAAUAAUAGCAAAACCAGAAGCUAAUAUUAUCCACAUGCAAACAUUAUUCCAUUUAUUAGAGAAAGACAGUAUACUAAUAGUUAAACUUAGUGCUUACUCUAUUGUUGAAAUUUUCAAAGAUAUCACUCCCUUAUAUAAGAUAAACUUUAAGGAAUCAUAAGAAAAAUUAGCUACUAAGAUAACAAAAGAAGAACGUCAAGUUAUUUAGACUGAAUGUAGAAUUUAUGAAUUCUAUGAAAAAUAUAUCAAGCUUAUGGCAUACUUUGCUAAGUUAAAAAACAAGGAAGCAAAGAAUUUAGGAUAAGAAGUAAAUGAAGAAACUAAAUAAUAAUUCAAUCAACUAAGAAGAAUAGGCACUAAGUGCUUAUUAGAGUUAUUGAAGCAUCUUUAUCAUUUUAAUUUUGCUAAAGAAAUAGCUGAAUUUGUUACCCAUAAAUUAGUAUCAGUUGAUAAAAAAGUUAGAGAUUCUGCUAUUGAAAUUAUCACAUCCAUUUUAUCAGAUCCUACUCACUCAAUCUAUGAAAUUAAGGUUGUUAUUCUAAAUGAAAUGGGAAAGAUCUUAAACACUACUACCGAAAAAGACUUACCAGAUGAUUUUAUAGAAAUUGUUGGUUGUGUAGAAAUAGAUACUAAGUUUUUAAAAAAAGACUUCGAUGAAGACAAACGUAAGAAGGCCAUAGAAUACAAGAAGGCAAAGAGAUAGUUUUAUAAAGACAAGGAAAAAGAAAAAGGUAAUGUAAAGAAUAGUAAAAAGAGAAAGCUUGAAAAUGCUAAGGGUGAAAAAGAUGAUAUAGAUUAGGUUAAAUCAAUGAAAGGUGUCGAUAAAAACGAAUUAAAAAAAAUGAAAAAGGAAUUAAGAGAAGAACUUGAAGAAUAAGAUGCUGAAAUAGAUCCUAAAUUGCUUAUUAAAUAUAAUGCUUAAAUCUUAGAAAAAGUAUAUUAUAUCUAUUUCAAGCUCAUUAAAAGACCUUCUCCAACCAAGUUCUUUACUUCAGUUAUGGAUGGUAUUGUUAAGUUUAUUCACAUGAUUGAUGUCAAUUUAAUUUGGGAUUUAAUUGGUUGUUUGCAAAAAAGUGCUUAAAACAUGAGAUAAUACACAAAUAAAAAGGGAGGAGAUGAUAAAAUGGCUUUGCAUAAAAGAAUGCAUUGCAUUUACACAGUAGAAGCCAUCUUAAAUGGACCAGGUUAAGUCUUUGAUGUUGAUGAUAAGGAAGCUAUUCUUAAUUUCUUCCAUGUCAUGAUUGAUCUUAACAAGAUCCCUCAUGUUUUCGAUCAGUUAUCUUAAAAGGAAGAACUUGUGCUAAUUAAGAUUCUUGAAAUUAUGUUCUUAAAGAAGAGAUAAUUCUCCUAUGAAAGUGUUGCAAGCUUUGUCAAAGAAUUGGCUAAACUUGCUAUUAAAUUAAACGACAGAAAAUAAUUUUAAUACACUGUUCUAUUUGUCAUAAAAAUGCUAUUUUCCAAACAUUCAAAGAUUAACAGGAUGCUUGAUUCUGAUAAUGAUGGAUUUGGAUUAAAUAGAUACAAUGAAAGAAUCGAGGAUCCUCAAUCAACCAAUGCUAUUAACACUUCAAUUCACGAAGAAUUAACUAAGGUUUAGACAUCACAAAAUACUCCUGAAAUAAAAAAUAUUUGCAAAAAGAUUCUAGAAUCUGCUCCUCUCCACCCAUCUCUUUCUACUUUGAGCGUGUAGGAUUUUUAUAACAAACAUAGUAACUUAAAAUGA